GUACUUGAUAGCGUGCCGUGGCUCUUAAGACGAGAAUGUCUCCAUUGGUACUAAUCUAGUCUGCAUACUCCUUCAAGCACGCUGUGGGACCCGUUUUCAGCGACGCAGCCCGGUCCGCGACGAUGGACGAGAUGAGCGAGGUGAACGAUUUCUUCACACCGCCUGGGAAGAGGAGAAACAGGCUGCCGGAGUGGUUGGAUCACUUCAACCAAGCAGACCUGAAAACCCUGUUCAAAUGCUGCGUUGCGGCAUGGGUCAUGACUCUCUUGAUCCUCAUCAAUCCGGCCCUGAGGGUAAUCGGACAGGCGACAUUUUUCGGUGUCGUCGUCAUCAUUAUUGCGCCGCCAUCGGGUGUUGUGUUCAUGGGACUGGCGGCCGGUCUUACGGUCCUGGUCGGCAUGUGUCUAGCCUGGGCUUGGGGAGUCAUCUCUAUGAAGGCCGCUCUUUCAACACGACCGGCGGCAGAUCUACAGCGCCAGUACCAAACGCUACAGGAAUCCAUCCCACCAAAUUCGCCCAGCACUUUCCUGCAAGUUGCCAUUUUCGAAGGAUACAUGCUCGACACAAGAGUGACCAUCACCUAUUUCUGCAUGAUCGGCCUGUUCGUCUAUCUGAUCGCCCGAUUGCGUGUGGCCGCACCUAAACUGACCUUGGUGUCACUUUUUGGGAUCAUCAUCAGCGACACUUUCCUCACAGUUGGUCCAUUGCUGCCGACAUUCAACGGAACCUUGGCUCGAACACUUGUCAUCCCUGCCUCCAUAGGCGUGGCGCUCAGCCUGAUCUGCAAUGUUCUGCUGUUUCCCAAAUCCACGUCACAUCUGGUGCUGGAUGAUAUGGAGAAAAUGCUGCCCCCCAUGCACAAAUUCAUCGAGGCGUGCUCCAUACACUUCGCAACGCCCAGCAUGACCAUGGAUUUAGCCCGACUGAAGCAAACCAAGGCGAACCUCGUUCAGACGUACGGUGGGUUGGAUCUGAAGCUCAAAUUUUUGGCCUUGGACGUAUCCUUCUGCAGGUGGAGCGCCGGUGACAUCAAAUCGCUCCGUGACCCCGUUCGGCAAUUACUACUAUCUUUUCUUUCUCUUCUGCAUAUUCAAAUCGGGGUCCAAGAAUUCAGAUUAAAAGACGAUGAACUACUCCAACUUGCAGAACAGAUACACGGAGCUCUUGAAAAGCAUGAAGUCUCGGGAGAAUAUCAGCUUAUGAGAACUUUGGAUCUGCGGAGAAACUUCCGUGAUGAAAGAGACAAAUCGAUUAUAGAAGAUUCAUUGAAGGAUUUCGCGGUUUCGUCCAGAAACUUGCUGCAGACCGCUCAGCAGGCACUUGAAUGUGUCGGAGAGGGUAUCAGAGAGUGCAACCGAAAAAGGUGGUCCAUGAAAUUGGCCCAGGCUGAUUGCGAAAAGAGACGUCAUACUUAUGACGGGGUGCUGAGAGAGCUGCAACUUCACAAGGAUAAGUUUGUCGCCGAAGUGGCCUCGAGUCUCUGGUCAAGGUACGCUCAACAUUCACAAUCGACCGGCCCAAAUGCAGGACUUUCCUCGAAAUCGACUCAUUCCUUGGCCGGUCUUGUGCGCGUCCUUGUAUUGGAAGAAAGAUUGAUCCACUUCGCGGAUUCGGUACAGUCGCUGCUUGGUCGCGUCAGAACACUAGAACAUGAAAGGAUCAAGACCAAGCUUUGGAUGCCAGGCAGUCUGAAGGACGUGAUACCCUGGGUGCUUGCCACCGACGCGGGAAGUGACGAACUGGACCCUCAACUCAACCGCAUCCAGACUGUGACCGAACGAGGAGAAGGAUCCACCACGAAACAGAGUCCUAUCGACAACGAACCGCCUGCGUUGAGCGUGGAGCUGACAAGUUCGAACGUCGUCAAGCCACGAGGAGGACGACGACGAAGUGGGGUCGCCAGGCUGACGAUAGCCGUGGUAGGCUGGUUGAGCAGUACCGAAGGAGUAUACGCCCUGAGGAUGCUGAUCCUUACAAUGGCCCUCGGGGCCAUCGCCGCCAAUAAACACACCGCGGGCUUCUUUUACCGUGAAAAGGGGAUAUGGGGUCUGAUCAUGGGACAGUUCGCUCUCGCCCCGUACACGGCAGAUUUCUUGUUCGGUCUCAUCCUUCGGCUUUGUGGCACAGUCCUGGGAGCCAUCAUCGGGUUGGCUGCCUGGUACAUCGGUGCCGGAGAUGGCCCAGGCAAUCCUUACGGCAUGGCUGCGAUCCUGGCCCCGGCCAUUGUCGUCGCCAUGUGGCUGAGACUAUUCACCAAACCGGUGUUUCUACAGGCCAUCAUGAUCACCACCGCGACGGUCUACCUGGUCGUCGCGUACAGUUGGGUGGACACGCACAUGCCGAGAUUUGGCAACCCCGGGGUGGGAUACGAGGUGUUCUGGCGGCGGAUGCUCCUCGUGAUUAUCGGUUUCACAGCCGCCACGUUGGUGACUCUGCUCCCCCGGCCCCCGUCCGCGAACCGCCACUACCGCGAACUGCUCCUGAACGCCCUGGGUACCGUCAAGGACCAGUACGCGCUCUUCGUCGGCUGCAAAGCCUCGGUCCAUUCCCCGUCCACCAUCAAAGAGAUCGCCGAAAAGAUGGCAGUCGGCCUGGGCGAGAUCUUGGUCCCGGCCGAAUCGGGCGUCAAAUUGACCAGACUCGAGUUCUCCACGUCCACGAUCGAUUCAAACACCCUCGGGCUGGUGUGCCACCUUUGCAUGAAUCUAAACCAGUACAUCACCCAGCUGAUCAUGUACGUCAACUCGCUCCCCGCCGACGCCAAAGAACGCUUCUUCGGUGACACUGGGGCGGCAGAAGAGCAGAAUGUGGCCAACGUCAUGGCCGUGCUGACCAUCGCGCAACACGGGUUGAAGAACGGGAAACCACUUCCCACGGUUCUGCCCGUACCGCUGAUGGAAAAGGCACUCGCGAGGAUGGAGAACAGGCUGAGGGAAAUGGGCACGAAUCUCGGCAAGAUGGACCACAGCGUGCUCGAGAAGAGGGAGACUCGCAGGUAUCUUUCGGCCCUCUCUGCCUUCACGCAAUUCCUCGGGAGCAUGGAUGAACUUGUGCUUGUCGUGAAGAGGGCAGUGGGCGAAACCAGCUACAUUGACCCGGUCGCGUACUGACUUGGUCGUUGGCUUUUCCCAGGGAGAGCCGGGAGCGUGACUGUACGCCAUUCACACGUAGGUGGUAGGCCGAAGACUUUCUAUACAGGCGGAUUAUUGUACCGCCACACGUGAUUGAUAUAGACGGCCAGACGAAACAACGGCAAUACACACUAGUAGAGUGCUGAGGCGACCUUCUUAUGUGUAUACUCAUCAUGCCUCCCUUUUUUAAAAAUUGG